GCCUUCCACUUUUUAAUUAGGAUCCCCCCCGAUACGAUGGGAGAGUUUGAGAAGCAUGAUGCAUGUUCAGCCUGCGGAUGGUCAGCUGAUUUGCAGCGCCGUUGCUCCUACGAUAGCAGCGUUAAGUUGUUCUACGGAGCUUCUGUUCGUGGGGUCUGGUCCAUCGGAUCCGAUUUCGUUCUCAAGGAAAGACCUGCCGAUCCUCCAACAUUCGAGGUGGUCAACACACAAUAUCUCAAGGCAAACACCACGAUCCCUAUCCCAGAUGUUGCAAAGGAAUGGACAGACAAAAAUAAACGUCAUUUCGUUCUAAUGGAGCGUGUCGAAGGCGAGAAUCUAAAAUCUGCAUGGCCAAAACUCUCUCAGGAAGCAAAGGUGCGGAUUGCUGAACAGACAGCAGAAUACCUCCAACAACUGCGGAAAUUUCAAUACGGCAAAAUGGCGAACCUAGGAGACGCCCCCAUCUAUUCCGGCUGGCUCUUCCUUCAGGGUCCAGGUACCCCACAUGGCCCCUUUGCGUCCGACGAGGAAUUCUGGCAAUCGUUGUCGGUCAAGCUAGAUAAAUUGCCAGAAAAGGCCCGAAAUGCAUUCCGCAAACGAUUUCCUCCUUGCGCACCCUAUACCUUUACACAUGGUGAUCUUACCAAUGUCAACAUCAUGGUCAAAGAUGACAACUUGGCUGCCAUCAUUGACUGGGAGAGUGCAGGUUAUUUCCCAGUCUGGUGGGAGUUUACCGCAGCAGGUAUCGGCUUAGGGAAAGAGGAUGCUGAAUGGAAGGGUCUGUUGAGGAGCAAAAUGCAACAGUUUGAGAGGGGAAGAGAGUUUUGGAAGGACUUCCACAAGCUUUGCGAGUAUCCAAAAUUGGACUAUAGUGGGCAAGAGCUGAUGAAAGAGUUACUCAGAGAAUAG